AUGAGGAAAGAAAAUCAAUCCUCAAUCCUGGAUUUUGUCCUCCUGGGAGUUACCGGUCAGCGGGAACAGGAAGACAUCUUCUUUAUCCUCUUCCUGUUCAUCUACCCCACCACACUGAUUGGAAACCUGCUCAUCAUCUUGGCCAUUCGCUUUGACACUCGACUUCACAACCCCAUGUAUUUUUUUCUCGCUAACCUCUCUUUAGUGGACAUUUUCUUCUCCUCUGUUACAAUCCCUAAGAUGCUAGCUAACCACUUCUUGGGAAGCAAAGCUAUAUCCUUUGGAGGAUGCCUGGCACAGAUGUACUUCAUGAUUGCCUUGGGUAACACAGACAGCUAUAUCUUGGCUGCAAUGGCCUAUGAUCGUGCUGUGGCCAUCAGUCGCCCACUUCACUACACAACAAUUAUGAGUCCACGGGCUUGUGUUCUGCUAGUUGUUGGCUCUUGGGUAAUUGGAAACUCCAAUGCCUUCCCACACACUCUGCUUACAGCUCGUCUCUCUUUCUGUAGUAACCGGGAAGUAGCCAACUUCUACUGUGAUAUUACCCCUUUGCUCAAGCUCUCCUGUUCUGACAUCCAGUUUAAUGUGAAGAUGAUGUACCUAGGGGUUGGUGUUUUCUCUGUGCCCUUGCUGUGCAUCAUCAUCUCCUACAUCCGGGUCUUUUCCACAGUCUUAAAAGUUCCAUCCACCAACGGUGUACUCAAAGCCUUCUCCACCUGUGGUUCCCACCUCACGGUUGUGUCUCUGUACUAUGGGACAGUUAUGGGCAUGUAUUUCCGCCCCCUCACUAGUUACAGCCUAAAGGAUGCUGUGAUAACUGUGAUGUACAUGGCAGUGACCCCAAUGUUAAAUCCCUUCAUCUACAGUCUGAGAAAUCGGGACAUGAAGGCUGCCCUGCGAAAACUCUUUACCAAGAGAAUUUCCUCAUAACCAAUGUGAGGUCAUACACUAAAGACUGCAGUCAUCAAUUAGCAUGCGCUUGAAAAUCCACCCUCAAUGUCCUCUCCCUCAAAAAAGAUGUCUUUGAUGUUUUCAGCUAGAAGUUAGUCUUCUCUAAAAUCUUAUGGCAGGACUGGUAAGACAGCAUAAUGGUUAUACAAAAAGACAUACAAACUUGAGGUUCCAAAGUCCUAGAUUCAAUUACUGAGCAGUAUUCUGGCAAAAUUUAAAAAAAUAAAUAAAAUAAAAUAAUUAACUAAAAAACACAAAGAAAACAAAAAUCUUAAAGCAAUAUACAAUAUAUUUUACUGAAAUUAUCACUUGUGCGUAAUGUUCUUUUGAAACUAUGGCAUCUCAGAAAUAUUUUGUUAAUGCUUCA